AUGCAAGUCCCUGUGGGCCCCGCCUGCAUCUUCCUGAGAAAAGGCAUCGCCGAGAAACAGCGGGAAAGACCGCUGGGACAGGAUGAGAUCGAAGAGCUUCGGGAAGCGUUUCUUGAGUUCGACAAGGACCGAGAUGGGUUCAUCUCUUGUAAGGAUUUGGGGAAUCUCAUGAGGACGAUGGGCUACAUGCCCACAGAGAUGGAGCUGACUGAACUGGGCCAGCAAAUCCGCAUGAACCUGGGUGGCCGUGUAGACUUUGACGACUUUGUGGAGCUGAUGACCCCCAAAUUGCUUGAGGAAACGGCGGGGAUGAUCGGCGUCCAGGAGAUGCGCGAUGCCUUCAAGGAAUUUGACACCAACGGGGACGGGGAGAUCACCCUCGGGGAGCUGCAGCAGGCCAUGCAGAGGCUUCUGGGAGAGAAGCUCACCCCUCGCGAGAUCUCGGAGGUCGUGCAGGAGGCGGACGUGAACGGAGACGGCACGGUCGACUUUGAAGAGUUUGUGAAGAUGAUGUCUCGCUGAGGAGGUUCUGGAAGCCCCCGGUCUCUCCCCACCAGGCAGGCAUGGACCCCACACUUGUGGAAGACCAGAUCCCCUCGGGCCCGUCCAGGAGAGAGGGUGGGAGGGUGCGUGGUGACUGGCCUUGCAUUGUAUGAGUCGAGGCUGGACCAAAAGUGAUGGUUUUGCCCGGAUGGCGGGCGGGGUGAGGGGGAACCUCUCUAGAAUGAGAUAAGAAGCUAGAAAUGAGAUCAGGACCAAGGUCAGCACCACCCCCCACCAAUUCCAGAGGUUAAUGACCUCUCGACUUCAUGUAACCCCCAAUGCCUACACCCCAGCAGAGUCUCUUCCCUGGUGUCCUCUUGGGUCAGACUCUCAAAAAGCUCAGCCCAUGGGCCACCCUUCCCCCUUCUUGCUUCAGCUGCUUCAGAUUUCCUCGGUUUCUUUCUGUUGGUAAGAGGGAGGCAUGACAAUCUUGGGGCUAUAAACAGGGUUCCUGGGAAGACCGGGCUUGGAAAUGGUUCCAUUAAAGAGGCUUCCAAAGUGA